UUUGUACGUACGACAGGCAGAGUGCAUGGCCCUUGCCAUUCAGCAGCAUGGAGUACUUUUCUCGGACAAUACUCUACGUCGUACUCGCUGAGUGGGGCUUCGCUGGGUGCCAGAUCAUCCUAGACAUCAAGCCGAAGAUAAUUCGUCCAGGCAGUUCUCGACCCGUGACUAUACGAUGCCACCUUGAUUUGGUACUCUCGAGGACGGACACGGUGUACUCGAUAAUGCUUAAGAAAGGAGGGAGUUCCGUGGCUAUUUUAUUUCAGGAUGGAAGCAUUGAGAUGACGGAAUCAAAGUUCACUGCCAAUGGUUCGGUGGCCACAGAAUCUUUCUCCACUGCUUUUCUUCAAUUGUCUCUGGAUGACGUCACGUGUAUGGAUAAGGGAGAGUACUCUUGUAGCAUGGCAGUUCGACGUUUGUAUAACAGCAAAGAGCUUGGACCUGUUACAUCUCGUUUGGAAGUCAAGGGUGACCCCAGCGGUAUUUCCCUCACAAUGACCCCGGGCAGACCUGCCUACACUGAAGGCGAAGUGGUCAACAUUACCUGCUCUGUGUUGAAGAACUACGAGGAAGCCGAUUGGUCGUGGUCUUUGCCAAAUCAAAACAACCACAAUGUAUCGAACAAUUGCACAUACGAUGAAUCUGAAUGUUUACACAUGUGUUCAAGCUCUAUAGAAUAUACUGUCACCAGAAAAGACGCCGGAAGUCCUAUCAAAUGUCUAAAUGGGGAACUCAAAAAUGAAAUACAAUUAAACCUGUCACAUUCUCCAAACCUUAAAGAUCUUGUGUCUCUCCAACACAUACAUCCAAACGUCUCCACGUCAUUUCCAGAUUCAUCAAAAGAACAGACAACUAACGUUACAGUCACAAACAAGUCACUUGUCUCCUCAGCAAUCACACACCCAGACAGUGGAGGAAUAGGACUGAUGGUGCUAUAUGUUCUUGUGUCGGCGUUUGCUGUUAUCCUUGUUUUCACACUGCUCCAUCUCUUUUUAUCAGAUCGGAAAUGUAAAUGCCAACACUCUUCUUCAAACAACUGUUCCGAGUCGCAUCACACCGAGAGUCACCGCAUCAAGCGAGCAGGAAGUAAAGUGAUAAUCAUUCACGCCAGAAACAUGUCAAGUGUCCCUCCUCACAAGGACAUAGGAGACCAUGAGGCAGCCUAUCUUCAUCCUGAAGAUCCUACCGAUGGCAGCAUGUUGCAGAACCAAGGCCUUCACACUGAACCCGUCUAUGAGGAAAUUGAAUAGCUAACACUUAAGGAUGUAGAUCUGAAUGUACGAUGUUUCAUUAUUCAGCCAUGCUGUCACUUAAAAUCUGAUGUUUCAAGACGUGUGAGUGACGGUGAGUGACAUAGCUCAACUGUACAAUAUCAGUUUUCACGAGAAGGAGAAAGGUGUUCCAUGCAUAGAGCAUGAAACGAGAAUCGACGUAACACUCAAGCACAGCCAAAGGUUACCUGCAGAAACGGUUGUCUACCUGAGCACACGUGUUUCUAUACUUUGGCGGUGCAGAUUUGUUUUCAAUGUUGAAAUAAGUAGCUUGUUUGACUUUCCAAGUUGACAUUUAUAGCUUAUGGACAUCAUGAAAUUGUGUUUGCAUUUAUGACUAUCAUGUUUGAUUUACAGCCACCUGCAUAUGCAUAAGACAAAAUAGAAGAUGUAUUUUAGUAUUGUAUUUUGUUUAUUGUGUGUUUAAUAUUUUUUACGUGACAAAAAUAUAGUAUUUAUUUACCUGGUCUAUUUCAAACAGAAUAAAUUAUCAUUGGCACAAAACUGCAUUUUGCCCUUCAAACUAGAGUUUCCAAAAUGAAAAAAAACAUCACUUAUGAACUCAUUCAAUACCCACUGAUAUAUAAUGGGGUCAUCUGGGCAGCUUGUAACAUGUGGCAAAUGUCCUUUUUAAAUUAUCAUGUCCUCAUUCCUCACAUUUAUGUUUAAGCAUAAGCAUCCGACACAUCAAGCAUAGAAACAAUUCGUCCAAAUGUGAUUGACUGUGUGCCGGAAUGUCCAAAAGAGUAACUUGUGUACCCCGCCAAGGUCUGAGUUUGGCUGAAUUGCACAUAUCAUAAGUUUUAUAUGCACGUUUUCUUUUGAUUGAUUUUCCAUGUUAUCUCCAAUCCAUAUUAAUCAUGACAUAUUUUGAAAGUUUGAGUAGAAUUUGUACCGCCAUAUUUUACAUUCCUGGACUUUUGUUUGCAAAUGCCAACAUUAUUAUUUGUAACUUAACUUCUUCAUUGUAAAAUCGGCAUUUUCGAUGAUUGCGUUAUAGCUCUGCUCUCUGUAUUUGUCAUGUGGAAUAAAUGCGCUUGUAAGUUUUCAAGCUGUAAAUAAGAAUAUAAAAAUCGAUUUUGUAGCUGUCCAUUACACAAAACUUGCAUCAUUCUCAGUAUCCGG